GCUACGGUAAAUAAGUUAGUUGCGUGCUUGUGCGGAGAAAAACAAGUUCCCACAAGAACAGUGGCAAAAGGUGUGAAAUAUAAUAUAAAACAGGCUGAGGUAAUAGAAAGCGCAUUUUUGCGUACCGAAAAAGUGGAUAAUUUCGUCCAUAUUACCAAAAAGAUAUAAUCUUGCUCGCUGAGGUGUAGAGAAUGGCUGCGUUCGCUUCUGUACGACGAUUUCUUGUUCAUUCUCGUCAAUUUGCAGCACAACGAGGUAUUCACAUGUCGUCCGCACGUGAACAGUCGGAAAAGGUGCUGGAGGAAAUGAAGGAAAAAAAUCCUUAUUUUGAGAAGUAUUCAAACAAAAUUGCCGCUGUGCAGCAAAGCUCUCCUGAAGAUUUUCUUUCGCGACUAAGUUCUGUCGAUAAAGAAAAGAAAAAACCAAAAUUUGGGUUAACAGAAGCGGAACGUGACUACUCAGAGUUACUGAAACCCAAAGUACCACUAGGAAACCAAUCAACAAAAGAUGCAUCGCAGCGAAAAUUGAGUGAUAUUAUGCGGCUGGAAUUAAUCGAAGAUAAGUCGGCGGAUGACAUCAAGCAUUUGUGGUUAGAAUACCACAAGGAUAAGGAUGUUGUAUCAGCAGCCAUUCCUGUGGAUCAGUUUAAUUUGAUGAUGAAACGUGCUAAACAUCAUCCCAUAUUCAUUCUUCCAAUUCCUCGUAGUCAAGGGUAUGAGUUUAUCAUGCUACAAUUUCACUCGAACACUGUUCAUUUCACACCCUUGCUGAAUUAUCAAGUUCACAAGGAAAACGCGCCGGAAUGUUUGAACAUAACGAUGUUCACGGAAUGCUCGGACAAAGGCAUCGUACUUAUGCGGGGAGAAUACGAUCCCAAAGUUCUUAAUGCUCAGGAAGCACAAUGCUUGGUCAAUCAAGUUCAACUUUACUACAGCCAAGAUAACGAAACAAAAUUGCGUCUUCUUGAUACGUUCACCAAAUAUCCGGAAAAGUUUAAACACAUGGAUGUUAUAGAGGAACUAAACAAUUUGCAAAUUUAAAAGUCAGAGCUGUUGCAGUUGAAUUCCAGUGUGCAUCUCUAUUAUCAAAAAAAUGGUUCGCGUAUUACCGACAAAGUUGUUGCUGAUAGCAUAUCUUGGGACAAGUGCAAAGGAGUUUCUGCUAUGUCUACGUUCAGCAUGGAGUCUUCAAGGGUAUCUUCUGAUAUUUGAAAAUGAGUUGGAAAAGUGACAUUCAUCGUUUGAUUUGCUGGACUUGUAAAAUCAAAAUCACCGAUGAAGCCCUUUUGCAUCCCGUUGAAGUCAUCAUCGUCUAGCAAAGCAUCCAGUUUUUGCAUCAGCGUGUCGUCGGUAGACAUAUGGUCAGGUAAUAAAAAUGUGUUUUCC